AUGCAGGUUGACCUUCGGCUUGGCUUCCUAUUUGUAGUGAAGAGGACGGGUUGGGUGCUUCAGCUGACAGAGUUACGACGCAAUGUGUUGGGUUGUCGCCAUAAUGAUUAUGUUCGGAAACAAUUACUGUAUUUGGGUACCGUAGAAUUGGGUAGUUGCCAUGCACCGUUUGAUGACGAUGCUUGUCUUGGAGAAGAUCGACAGAUUUUCAUCAAAACACCUCUUAUGGACAACUGGAACUAUAUUUAUUGCAGAGCUUCUCUCAAAAUGGAGCGGAAGCAGAGAAAACGAACAGAUGCCCAUAAGAAGGUGGUACCAAUGGUGUCCUAUCGUCCGACUCCAGAAGCACUGGGCAUUUUUUACCACUCUCCUGAUGCGAUCACAUCUUGUGGAUUCGAAAUGCGAUGGAGUUUAGAACGAUCAGUGGACUCCAGUCUAGUCAUGCACCCCAGUUACUGGGCUUCAUUUGCUCGUCAGAGGUCUAGAGAGAAUUUUGAAAUUUUCUUUGGGAAGCUUCGCGAUGCCCGACAAAAUCCUCCUUCGUAUAAGCUGAACGUUACAAAAUUACCCAUCAGUGACAAUCUUUAUUAUUUUCCAUAUCUUGGUUUAUUUGUGAGGGACUUGGACAGGCAGCCCUAUACACAAGACAUCAGAGGCGGUAUUUUGGCUGAUGAGAUGGGUCUGGGAAAAACCGUCGAGUUACUAGCAUUGAUACUGACGCACACUCCGAAAAUACGUCCAGAGCAUUUGCACCUGCAAGCUAUGGAGCAAUGGGAAGAAGCUAGUAGUUCGUCCUCUGAAUGUUCUGAUGACUACGAUGACGAUGAUGAUUAUAUGGAAGUGCGUGCGUGUGUUGAAUCUAUGGUUUCAACAAUUGUUGCGGCUGAAGAAGCCGAGGAAUUGGAGCCACCAAGAAAACGCUUUUGCGAUGGAAAUGGUAUUGUACGCAAAGCAACUAGACACGGUGUUGUUUGUGAGCUUUGCACUAUGAAGUUUCCAAAGUCUACGGUACACUGGUCACAGCAACUUGAUGCUUUACCUAUUCGGUUCGUUUGUCCGGUCUGUAUUGCAGAUAGAGGCUUGAUUUUCGACAUAUCAGCGACAUUGAUUGUUGUUCCGGAAGCGUUGCUUCAUCAAUGGUUUGAAGAAAUUCGUCGCCAUUGUAGGGAAAGAGUCGUUGUUGACGUUUAUUACGGCGUUGGAGUGGAUGGUUAUAAGCAUCCUGCCUACUUGAAUUCAUGCGAUAUCGUCUUAUGUUACGUACGACCAUUCAAAAUAGACAAUAUUACUACAAAUCCUUCGUCACUCAAGGAUCUUGGAAAACACAAUAUUCGAGCAAACAUAGGACUCAAAACUUUCCGAGUCCCUUGUUAG